UCCGACUCCUCACGACUCGCGCUGCGCAGUCCGGCGGAGCUCGCUGGAGCAGGAACCCAGCGGGGUGGGUUUGCGGGUGGCCAUCCGCCGCGGCGGCUCCGCUCACUCCCGGACGUCCCUCUUCUUGGCCCUCGCCGCUGGCCGUGGCGGCCUGCUGGGUCCGCGUCCCGCCUCUGCUCCCUGAGGACAUGCAGAAGAGAGAAUGAGCCAGAGGGACACGCUGGUGCAUCUGUUUGCCGGGGGAUGUGGUGGUACAGUGGGAGCUAUUCUGACAUGUCCACUGGAAGUUGUCAAAACACGGCUGCAGUCAUCUUCUGUGACACUAUACAUUUCUGAAGUUCAGCUGAACACCAUGGCUGGAGCCAGUGUCAACCGAGUAGUGUCCCCUGGACCUCUUCAUUGUCUAAAGGUUAUCCUGGAAAAAGAGGGCCCUCGCUCAUUAUUUAGAGGAUUAGGCCCCAAUUUGGUGGGAGUGGCUCCCUCCAGAGCAAUAUACUUUGCUGCUUAUUCAAACUGCAAGGAAAAGUUGAACGGUGUUUUUGAUCCUGACUCUACCCAAGUACACAUGAUUUCAGCUGCAAUGGCAGGUUUUACUGCGAUCACUGCAACAAACCCCAUUUGGCUUAUAAAGACUCGGCUGCAGCUUGAUGCAAGGAAUCGUGGGGAGAAACGAAUGGGUGCUUUUGAAUGUGUUCGUAAAGUAUAUCAGACAGACGGACUGAGAGGAUUUUAUAGGGGCAUGUCUGCCUCAUAUGCUGGCAUAUCAGAGACAGUUAUCCAUUUUGUUAUUUAUGAAAGUAUAAAGCAAAAGCUACUGGAGUGUAAGACUGCUUCUAUGAUGGAGACUGACGAGGAGUCUGUGAAGGAAGCAUCGGAUUUUGUGAGAAUGAUGCUAGCUGCUGCCACAUCAAAAACCUGUGCCACAACUGUCGCAUAUCCACACGAAGUUGUAAGAACAAGACUACGUGAAGAAGGGACAAAAUACAGAUCUUUUUUUCAGACACUGUCUUUGAUUGUUCAAGAAGAAGGCUAUGGGUCUCUUUACCGUGGCCUAACAACUCAUCUGGUGAGACAGAUUCCAAACACAGCCAUUAUGAUGGCCACCUACGAACUGGUGGUCUACCUACUCAACGGAUAGCAGCAGGGGCUGCCGUGCUGCAGAGCAGGAAGACCAAACGAUCACAGUGGACCAUGGAAUCUUGAAGCCAGCAUGGUGGUCAGAAGACAGUAGUGGGGAAACGUGUAACUAUCGUGGCUGAGUGGAAGCUUGGUUUUAGGAAGUAAGGUACUACCACACCACAUUGAUCUUUCAGUGAGGACACCUGGGCUGCCUCUUAGAGAAUGCUUUGAAAAGCAUUCCUGUCUCAAAAUUGCCAUUUUCUCUACUAUUCACCAGCUCCAGUUUUCUUUUACUGGUUUAUGACAGUCAGAAUAUAGUGUUAAUUCCAUGAGCAUUUUUGGUUGUUUAGACAAAAUCAUUCCUCAGUAUAUACUGUACUGUAAUUUUCCAAAAAUGACAGUGACAAUUACAGAUGACUAACCGGACUUCUCCUGCAGUACUGUAAAAGAACAAGUAGAUCUCGAUAUCCCAGUUCCCCAGAAGGGCCUGCCUGUUACAGUGUUUUAAGUUAUUUGACACCAGUAAUCACUGUGUUUUGACAACCAGUGAAAUAGUGUUUAAAUACUUCACAUUUUCAACAUUAAAAUGUUUUGGUCACAGCUAAAAGGUAUUCAUCAUAAUGUGGACUUUAACACAUCAGAUGCACGGAGUUAAUGGUUUUGGACUGUAAAAUAAGCUAUUGGAUACUGACUGACUCAGUGACGUAGAGCACAUCCUCAUACCUUCUCCAAUUAUGUGAUGCAGGAAUGGGUGCGAUUUUGAUUCAUAAUGUGAUUAUCACAGACUCAUACCUACAUACUAUUUACUCUAAAUGUAGAAAACUAAUGACUUGAAUUUUUUCUGCUUACUUUCACAUUAAGAAUUUCGUCCUUUGAAUUGUUUCCACAUCUGUAUAGGUUAUUCUUGGUUGGUAGAGGAAAUGGUAAUUUUCAGUUUUGCCCUUUACAGGCUCCUUGAAGUGAUACUAAUAUUUAGGAACAUAUAAAUCUUACAAAAAGACACCCUCAGCCAUCAGAUACAACGAAUCUUAGUUGGCAGAGAGCCUGUAGGUGAGUGUGCUGCACUGGGCAAGCGCUCUGCCCGAGCUCCCUCACUGCUCUCUCAGAGCCAGCUUAGUUUUAGUUCCUUGUAAACAAGAUAGUUUUUAAAUGUUGCUGUUGAGUCAGCAACAUCUUUGAAUACUUUAAUAUACAUGUGGCCAUUAUAAAGGUGUUUGCUGCAAUACUGUAGAUUUUCCUAUGGAUGUUGCUAUACUGGUAUAUAGAACUUCUACAAUUAAACUCUACUGUGGUACUCAUCAGUGUACCUUACUUAACUUUACAUUUUGUGCAAUGGCUUUCUCUUCAGAAUGACUUUGGAAAUGCACUUUGUGGCCUUUUGAAAGGGUAAGAAUAGAAUUCAUAUUAAUUUCUUUAACAUUGCUAUGUAUUAGGCAGAAGAAGUGUUCAUAUUUUUCUGGACUUUAGGUAUGUUUUGGAGAUCUUACAGUAUUGUACAUGUGCUGUGUUACACCACAGUAUUAUGGAAAAGCUGCAUGCCACUGAGCGCUUUCUCUGCUGUCACCAAUGAAGUUUAAUUCCCUCUUAAA